AUGUCCGACUCUGAAGACGACUUCAUGUCGGACAAGUUCCUCGUCGACACCCCGGCCACGACAGACACAUCCUACACGGCGCGGCGCAAGCGGCAGCAACUCGAAUCGCACCGCAAGGGCCAAGCCAACAACAAGCUCUCCCUCCGCGAACUCGAAGCGCAGCGGCGACGCGAGGGCCUGAAUAAGAGCCUCUUUGACCUGGAUGAUGGCGAUGGUGAAGAAGGCGAUGUGUUCGCUGCGGCCGCUGCGUCUGGCUCCAGUAGCUCGAAACAACAGCAGGCAGCAACCACAAAGCCCAAGGAAGCCGGCAAGUCAAAGGCCAUGGACCUCAUGAUGAAGAUGGGCUGGAAGGUCGGCCAGGGCCUUGGACGGCGGCGAAGCGCGUCUCCUGAGCGUCAAACGUCUUCGUCUACGGCUGUAGACCGCGAGAGGGACGACGAGGACAAUGCGCCGCGGGGCGGGAUCGGGGCCAGUCGUGGCCGUGCAGAGCCGAUCAGGAUAUCAAUGUGGGCAGGUACGUUCAAGCUCCAGCUCCACUGGCCACUGGCUACUAGCACGCAUGCUCCAGCUGAAAACGCGCUUAUAACAGGCAGAAAGGGUCUGUCGGCACGUUCGCCUUCGCCACCCCCACUCCGUGGUCGCAACGAUCCCCAUUACCUGCCUCCGGGGCGGCACGCGGCUUUGGAUUCUGCCGCGCGCUCGUUCCGUGGUAGACAAGGUGCCGAGCAGACGGCCAAGGAGACCGAGAGGAAGGAACACAAGGCGAGGCAACUGUUGGUUGACUUUGACAAAGAAAAGGAAGUCACAUUCCAUCCGCUCCACGCCGAACCAGGCGACCCCUUGUCCCUCCCGCGUCCCCUCCUCAAGCUCAUCUAUCCGGCCCAACUCACGCCGUCGCCGGGCGCGUCCCGGUCCCCCUCGCCAGCCCUUGAGGCCGCCCCAGCCCCCUCGGCUGCAGCCCUCGCCGCAGCCGCAGCAGCCCGCGCCACCAGCGCCGUCAACAUGUCUGCAGCUGUGAAACUGCGCGAACAGAUGCGCAGGGACAUGCUCGCAGAGAUGGAGGUGAACAAUGACGACGGCAGCGGCCGUGACGGGGACGUGCGCUUUGGUAUCCCUGGUGCUAAAGAGCUCGCAGCUGAAAUGGCCGCUGCAAAGGCCGCCAAGGAGGAAGAGGAGGCCAGCGCUGGAGUACAUUGGGACGAGAUGGUGUCAGGUACAAAGCGUGUCUUGUCCAUGACGCCAGAGGAACACCUCGCCUUUCUCGUCUCGCAGCUCCGCAACGAACACCUGUUCUGCUUCUGGUGCGCGUCAAAGUACGCGAGCUUUGAGGAGAUGGAUGGGCCGGGCGGAUGUCCUGGAGAAGCCGAAGAUGACCACUAG